UCGUACUUUUCGUCAUGGUGAAUGGCAGUAAACACGUGUUGGUGGUGCUGCUUUGCCUGUACCUUUGGUGUGUAGACGGGGUACGCUACACCCCAGACUGGGCCUCACUGGACACGCGACCCUUGCCAGAGUGGUACGACCGACUCAAACUUGGGGUAUUUAUCCACUGGGGAGUAUUCUCUGUGCCGGCCUUCCGGUCAGAAUGGUUCUGGUGGGACUGGCAGGGCGCUAAGUAUAACGACUGUAUCGAGUUUAUGGAGGCACACUACCCUCCCGGCUUCACCUACCCAGACUUCGGACCCAAGUUCACUGCAUCACAGUUUGACGCCAACAAAUGGAUGGAUGUAAUUGGUAACUCAGGAGCAGGGUAUGUGGUACUGACGAGUAAACACCACGAGGGCUACACGAUGUGGCCUUCCAAGCGUUCCUGGAACUGGAACUCCAUGGACGUCGGGCCACACCGAGAUAUUGUCGGUGAAUUUGCAGAUGUUAUUCGGAACAACAAGACGUACAUGUUUAUGAGUUUCGGGCUGUACCAUUCUCUUUACGAGUGGUUCAAUCCUUUGUACCUUGGCGACAAGGCUAACAAUUUCCAGACCCAGGAUUUUGUCAGGGAGAAGACAUUACCUGAACUAUACGAGAUUGUGAACAAAUAUAAGCCGGAUCUGAUCUGGUCGGACGGGGACUGGGAGGCACCGGACACUUACUGGAACUCCACCCAAUUCCUGGCCUGGCUGUACAACGAUAGUCCAGUCAGGGAAACCGUUGUAACCAAUGACCGUUGGGGAAUGGGGGACAUGUGCCAUCACGGAGGCUACUUCACCUGCUCUGAUCGGUACAAUCCAGGCACCCUUCAAAAGUAUAAAUGGGAGAAUGCUAUGUCGCUAGACCGGAAGUCUUGGGGACACAGACGAGACAUGGAGCUGUCGGACGUUAUUUCUAUACAGGAACUCAUAGCAACACUGGCCGAGACAGUCAGUUGCGGUGGUAACCUGCUGGUGAACAUUGGUCCAACACAAGACGGAAACAUUCCUCCGAUAUUUGAGGAGCGCCUGCGCCAGAUGGGGGCUUGGAUGAAGGUUAACUCUGAGGGGAUAUAUGGAACAAAGCCUUGGCGCUAUCAAAAUGACACAGUAACACCGGGAGUUUGGUAUACCACCCUAACUAUCAGUACCACAACCGCUGUAUAUGCCAUCGUCCCGAUAUCCCAGAUUAAAAAACGUAACACAUCUGCAUCUUGGCUCGCCGGUAGUGAAGGACACGUCACAAGCGUUCAUGUUUCUGCUUGGCUACGAACAGCAAGUGUCAUACACCGCCCCUUCACCAGACGGAGGGAUCUUUAUAGACGUGGCAUCCCUCCCCAACAGUUACCUUACUGACGCUCCCUUCAACUGGGCAUGGGUCAUUCGUAUGCUUGGUCUUGAUAAUGUGUAGUAAACCGACCAUUUAAGGCACGUGCCUGUACACGCCUUUGCUUUAUCGAUGAUAAUAAAAUGUAUUAAUUAUUCCAAAA